AUGGCGGCAACUGCUGUAACUAUCGUUGCGACCAAACGCGAUGCUCUUGAUCCUUACAUCAAGAUUCUCCAGAGUCGUUCAAAUGACAUCGAUGUCUCCUUCUCCUCCUACCUCAAGCCAGACAACAAUAACAACGGACAACAACAACAACAAAAGGAGCAAGAAGAUACUGAGCUAAGCAUCUUUGAAGCUCGAAGUUACUUUAGCGAAAGCGGAAGCAACGAUAGAUCCCAUAAUGGUCCAAGAUUCUCUUCGGUUUCAUCCGCAAAAGUGUCUUCUUUUACCGUAGGACACACGGCAUCCUCUGAAGCUAGCUGGAACAGCCAAACCGGUUUGCUCUGUAACAAAAACCGACAAGGAUCGGACCGAGAUGGACGUGGAAGCAGCAAGAAAGGGCCCAGGUGGUUUUUCAGACGCAGGACUUGUCCCUGUUCCAGCUCCAAGUCGGUUCAGGUCCAGGAAUCCAAACCAAGAAUUGCAGUGCCCAGGACCGGUUCUGACCGAGUCGUAUCGAACCGUAUCGUUCAUCAUAACCAUCAAACGAUAACUUCGUCUGAUCCGAUCAGAUUAACGAUCCCUUCAAACACCGUGACUCGGUCCACUGACUACGCGGCAAACAGAGAAUCUAAACCUCCGGUUAGCAAUUUCAGCUUUCCGACUCUAAACGAAACCGUACAGAGUCCGGUUCUGAAUCCGGUUUCGAAUCCGAUUAAACCGGUUCUGAAUCUCAAUAGUUCCAAAGGAGUCAUCAUCACAGACGAAGAAGCCGCGAGCGACGCUAGCUCAGAUCUCUUCGAGAUAGAGAGCUUCUCUACCCAACCGACAGGUCGUCCGUGGGCCCCAUCCGCUGCGGAUCUCGUCAGGAACUCGAUAGACGAGACGGCGACUGAGUACGGUUACGAGCCGAGCGAAGCAAGUGUCACUUGGAGCGUUACAACCGCGGAACCGGCUUCAGCGGUUGCGGCCAACUUCUCAAGAAUCGGCUUGUCGCAGCCGUCGCUGGCGUUUGGCGGUUGCGAUAAGAGAAAAACGGGGUUGCUGAGCUGUCGUUGUGAGAAGGCAGUUAUGGUUAGCGGCGGUCAGCGUUUGAACCAUCCGUGUAAGAGCGUUGGCGUUCAGGAAGAGGUGGCGGGAAAGGUGUUGUGCAACAAUGGCAGUUCUAAACUAAGCGUGACGAGUCGAGCAAUGCUGGAUACCAAAUCUUCGUUUUUGGUUUAG